AUGAAAAGUAAAAUUCCUGUCGAAUUCAAAGGUGAUACUCAAUAUAUUUCUCUCUAUUUAAGUCCAUGUGAUCAAAAACUUCUUGAUUCCAAGUACCCUGGUUCAGUUUGCUAAAAUGAGACUGAAAAAGUUAAAUAUGCAGUCUCUAAUUCUUAUCUAAGGGUUAUAUUCACUAAUAGAUACUUUGAUGUAGAGGAUUUUUCAGAUAAUCCUGUCAAGACAACAACUGAAUCAUAUAGCUUCUAUAUUAACAGGUCUACAAUGAGAUUACAGACCUUUGCGAUGAAUAGAAAUAAAGCGAUAGGAUCAAACUCAAUUAUUCAUGAAUCUUUAGGGUAAUUCCAAUAUGAAUUUAUCUAAACUGAUGUAAAGUCACUUACCAACAUAGAAAGAUCAGAUUCAAAUGAUUACAUGGUUGUUAGAUUCAUGAUUGAAAACAAUCUAAACAUAGUAGAACGAUAAAUAAAUAAUUUCUUAUAAUUGCUAUCUUCUACAGGUGGAUUGCUUGGUUUGCUUACUACAUUAGUAAGAUCUUUAAUAGAACCUUUCCAAGAAUUUUCAUUUGCAUAAAGCAUAAUAAAAACAAGAUAUCUAAUAGAUAAGAAUCUAGAUUAAAACUUGAAAAAGAAAUCUGGAGAUAAGAUCUAACUAAUGCUCAAUGAAGCAAAAGUAAAUUCUUACCUUGAAAUGAUAAAAACUCUUAAAUCUAGGAUACCAUUUAUUUACUCGACAAAAGAAGCUUUAUAGAGAAUUUUAUGA